UUUAUUUAUGUUGCCUGAUCAUUUGGAAACAGUCGUGCGAGUUGACUAGUGUUAUCUGUCAAACGUCAUCAACAAGUGCAAAUGACUAUUCAUUUGUUUAAGGCCUUUGUUUUGAUUUGAUUUUUUAACCGUUUUAUGUGGUUUGAGCUUGUGGGGAGAUGAUAAAAAAUUUAAUGUUAAAAAAUCAGCUUCUACUAGGAGAUGAGGAAUUGUUUGAGGGCAUUAUUCGAGAAGGGGCAUAAGGAAUGAGUAAUUUUGAAGGAAGGCAAUUUUUGUUGAUUUUCGGGGUUCUCAGGGGAAUGACGAGUGCUGUGAGGAAUUUAUUUAGAGUUGUACCGAAACAACGGGUUCAUAAUUUAUCGAGGGCAAUUACCGGAUUUUUAGGGGGGAGAAUUGAUAGGAGUUUCUGCAGAACUUCGGUGCGCCUGUAUUUCAAUACUGAAUGUCUCAUGGAGUCCCAUUUUGUGCGUGGACAGCAUACCCUGCGCGUUCCAAUGUCCCUUUUCCGAGGUAAUCGAGAUCGUUUGAUCGAGAGUCUUAGAAAAACCCCUCAAGUCCCUGAAAACGCCUUCGUGGUCCUCCAGGGAGGGGACGAGGUACCAUUCAACGACACCGACAUCAACUACGAGUUCAGACAGGAAUCAUUCUUUCAAUGGUGCUUCGGUGUGGAGGAGCCAGGAUGUUACGGUGCCCUCGAUAUAACAUCCGGCAAGUCAAUUCUCUUCUUCCCACGGCUGCCAGCUGAGUACGAGAUUUGGUGUGGUAAACUCAGUACUCUCGAUGAAUUCAAGCAACGUUAUGACGUUGACGAGGCACAUUAUGUUGAGGGAAUAGCGCAGGUGUUGAAGAAGAAAAAUGCUCAGCAAGUACUCAUACUGAGAGGACGGAAUAGCGACAGUGGAUUGUUCGUUAAGGAUACAGAAUUUGAUGGAAUUAAUGAGUUCAAUGUUGAUAAAGAAGUGUUGUAUCCUGUCUUCUGUGAAUGUCGAGUCAUCAAAUCUCCUCAAGAGAUCGAAGUGCUCCGAUAUGUUGCGAAAGUCAGCUCGGAUGCUCACAAAGUCGUGAUGAGAAAUGUGAGGCCGGGGAUGACAGAAUUCCAGGGUGAAUCUCUGUUUAAACAUUAUGUGUACGCCGUGGGUGGGUGUAGACACGUUUCCUACACUUGCAUGUGCGGCUCCGGAAAUAAUUCAUCAAUAUUACAUUAUGGACAUGCUGGAGCGCCAAAUAAUAGAGUCAUGAAGGAUGGAGAUAUGUGUCUCUUUGAUAUGGGCGGAAAUUAUUGUGGCUAUGCAGCAGACAUCACGUGCAGUUUUCCUGCAAAUGGCAAAUUCACAGCGGACCAGAAACUCAUCUACAACGCAGUCCUGAGUGCCAGAAAUGCUGUAAUUGAAGCAGCCAAGCCUGGUGUCAGUUGGACCGACAUGCAUCUACUGGCGAAUCGAGUGAUGCUGGGAGCCCUGAGGGAUGGGGGGCUCUUGUGUGGGGAAGUAGAGGACAUGAUGAAUGUGGGACUGAAUGAGACCUUUCAACCUCAUGGGCUUGGGCACCUACUUGGGCUGGACGUCCACGAUGUUGGAGGAUAUCUCCCUACGUAUCCUGACAGAUCGGUCAAGCCUGGGAUUAGAAAAUUAAGAACUGCUAGACCACUUGUAGCUGGAAUGUUCCUCACUAUCGAGCCUGGAUGCUAUUUUGUUGAUUCUCUCUUGAACGCAGCUCUCUCAAAUCCGAAGCAACGUCAGUACAUGGUAGCUGAUAAAAUCGCCAACUUCCGUGGUUUUGGUGGCGUCAGGAUUGAGGAUGACGUCUUGAUAACAGAAAAUGGAGUCGAUAACUUCACUGACGUGCCUAGAACAGUUGAGGAAAUAGAGGCUUGGAUGGCACCAGGACGUGAGAAUUUGAAACUCAUUCAUGACCAGCUCAUUCCUAGCUCUUCCUAAUCAGUACACUCCAUCUAAAUAUCGAGAAUAUUAUUUUUUUAUACUCUAAUUACUUGAAAAAAUUUUCCAACGCUUUGUUUAACAUUGAAUGUAUAAAACGUGUGAAUGUAUAAAAUCGUGAAUAAAUCAUGAAUAAAGAAAUGAAAAUACUAUUGAA